AUGUCCAGGUUGGAAACACGUUGUGACAAAAUCGAACGGCGUAGGACAAACUUGCUUGCGUCUAAAGCAACGUAUGCACAACAGGCGUGCUACAAUUCCCGCAAAGAGAUUCGUGCGCCUCCGCGGCCGGAGCCACCGCCUCAUCAGCCGCCAAACCCGAUGUACUCACAGCGAACCCGCCGCUAUCCGCCCCACAGUCAGUCGCGGCCUAGAACACCUCCUUACACCUCUGGGUCGUCAUCGUAUUUCACCCCAGAUAUGUACGGCCCGCAGCUGUAUUCUUGUUCAGACUGGGAACAACCUGGAGUGCUCAGCGACUACUACGACCCGCUGCACGAGCGCUCUAAUUCUAGUCGGUAUUCCGUCGGACGGAAUGCCUACCGGCCACCUGGAGAGAUCAGCGACUACUACGAGCCGCCGCAUGCACGCUCUAAUUCCAGCUGGUAUUCUGCCCGACAGAAUGUCUACCGGCCUCCGCGCAACGCCUUCACCUCUGGGGAUCAGUUCGCGGAGCAGGAACGGCCUCUCCGACAGCCACAUUGCGCUCGCCAAAGCCCGAACUCGGGUUGGUCUUCGCCAAAAUCGCACCAGCAGCCGUUUCUGCAUGUGAAAAACCAGACUUGCUGGGAUCUGUCCUCCCAAACGUCCGGUCGCCGUGUUGGAAAGAUUCGCGCUCCCCCGUUGCCAGAACAUCCGCCACAGCUGACUCCCCAAAACCUGUUGUGCCAGCAGCCCCAAAACCGGAACCAGCGCCCCACGUUCCCAAGCUCUCGUACCCCCACACGCCCGCAGCUCGUGCUCGACCAGAAGCCACCGCUCUGGUCAGAUCGUCAGCUACAGCAGCCAAGUACAACAUCGACUAUUGAGCUUCCGCCCUACGCCGCAUCGACCAGAUGUUGUUAA